AUGACAGAUGACUCUAUUGUCGGUCAUACACAUACCAUUUUUCAAGUGCCUAUCGUCUACACAGUUGAUGUACGAGAUGAGCUUAUUACAGCUCACACAAACCUUGCAGCUGUCUCGCCUAUCUUGCAACAUAGGCGACUUGCACACCUAGGCCACAAACGCACAAAAUUGGCAGAGAAGUUAGGAAUUGUUGAACCAAGCGAUGAUCAACAUGAGUUUUGUGAAGCAUGCCGAUUAGGCAAGGCUAGACAGAUUAUCUCUCGCGCCAAUAUGCCCAAAGCCACGAAAGUUGGAGGUAUUAUUUAUGUCGACGUACAACAUAUCAAACCUACAGCCCAUGACGGCUCAAACUACGCUACUUUCAUCCUUGACGAUUAUUUGCGGAUGCCAGAAGCAAGAUUCCAUAUCAAUAAAGAUGGCGCCUCCAAAGCUCUUAUUGAUUACUGCAAGGAAUUCCACAACUCAGCAGGCUAUUGGCCAGUUCUUAUUGCUAAAGAUCUUGGGAGAGAGUUCAAUGCCUUCAACAACUGGGCCAAGAACUUGGGAAUCUUGUUGAGGCACUCUCCACCGCGUACAAAGGAGCCAAAUGGGGCAAUCGAACGCCUACAGUUCUUUAUUGUGCAAAUCAGCCGAGUCAUGAUCAUUGAUGCAGGAUUGCCGCCUAAUCUAUGGCCCUUUGCGAUCGACACCGCCAUCUACAUUCACUCAAGGCUACCUUUGGUAGAUAGAAAAGAAGCGCCGAUACAAAUUUGGCGAAGAGGCCUUUCACUCCCAAACCCAACACCAUACCUCGAACAUCUCCGUGUAUGGGGAUGCAAAGCUUACGUAUAUAUUCCCAUUGAGAAUCGCGUUAAAGCUGAAAAGGUGAAGCCCAAGGCCCUGAUUGGUCGAUUAGUUGGCUACGUUGGAGAUCACGGCCACGUGUAUAGAAUCUGGUAUCCGGAUACAGGCAAGACAGUAGUCACACGCGACGUCACCUUCUGGGAAGGCGAUGAGGAUGGCACCCUAGAUAUUGUCAACGACGUGCAAUCUAUGCCUAAGGCAGGUUGGGGCAAACCCAUAUCAAUAAAAGUUUUUGAUGCGAAUACGUCAAGCAAUCGCUCCGAACGCCUAUUAUUGACAGGUGAACCAUCUCAUGAGGAUAUAUUCACUAUCCUAGGCCAGGAUCAAGAGACUACAUUCAAUUAUCAUGAAAAUCAGUACGCACAACGCCGCCUAGUGACGUUAUCCCCAUCUCCAGAAAACCUAGCCUUAGAUACACCAAUUGAGUCAGUGGAGUCUGACCACAAACCCACGAGUGAUAUUCAGGAUAUACAAAUCCACGAUUCACCACCAGAAAACAACGACAAAGACCUCUCACCAGAUCAAAUGCAGCUCCUACAGGAGACUGCAGCCACGCAGCUAGCCGAGCCGCAGAGACUAGAGCCAAGGCGUUCCAGCCGCUCGACCAAAGGUCAGCGCUCUACAGCAUCAUUUGAAGAGGAACAGACGACUCAAGCCGAGCAAGAACGACUCCACCGUGCACAGAAAAAGGUCAAGUUCGCCAUAGAAACUAAGGUCAAUGAUGAUCCUAAUGAGUCUACAAACCCUAACGCGUUGAUAGCCGUUGCAGCCACAGGCCCAACGAAGCGCAAGUGGGAAGUCCAGAUACCCACCAAUCACACGCAAGCACUCAAGGCCACCGAGGCUGAUCUCUGGUUUGCCGCCAAAACAGAGCAGGUAAAGAAGCUUAAGGACAAUAAGACCUGGAAUCUAGUUGAGAUGCCAAAAGAUGGUAUACGGAUACUACCAGUGCGCACCACUAGCUAUUCCUCUACUAAGCCGACAUCAUCGGAGCGUACCUACACGCGUUACUUGGUCGCCAAAGGAUACUUGUUAGGCAACCUACAGGUCAUGAAGAAGGACCAUGGUACUAUUGAUAGCAAAUUACGUGACCUAGGCUUCCUCCCAUUGGCUGAAGACCCAUGCAUCUAUUUUAACAAGAGUAGAGGAAUCUACAUCCUUUUAUAUGUUGACGACACCCUUAUUGCUGCAAAGGACAUCGAUGCAAUUCACUGGCUUCUCAAUGAACUAGAUGCGGAAUAUGGAGUAAAGCGAAUUGGUCAUCCGAAGAAGUUUUUGGGAUGCAAUCUACACUACAAUCCUACCAGCCAGGUUAUCUCGAUGUUUCAGGAACCGUAUGUCAAGGAGAUACUCAACCGCUUCGAUAUGGACCGCUGCAGCGGCCGUAAGGCACCUAUUGAACCAGGCUCCAAAUUGACGUUUACCGGCGAGUCACCUGACCCCGGAUUUCUCGAGAUUUACCAGAAAAUAGUCGGAUCCCUCAAUUGGCUGGAAUUCAAAACAAGACCCGAUAUCUGCUUUGCAGUGCGCUUCUUACAAUGGAAGCAAAAAGAGCCAAUUAAAGAUGACAUGGAGCGUACAAAAGGCGUUUUACGCUAUCUACGCGCCCACAGCAAUCUAGGCCUAACUCUCAAUAAAGAUCCGAAGCGAGGUUUGCAACUUUUUACUGAUUCUUCAUUCGCUGAUCAUCCAGAUGGCAAAUCCUCUCAAGGAUGGUGCCUUUUUUGGGCUGGGUGCCCUAUCGCUUGGGAUACGGCAAAACAAACUUGUGUUGCACCAUCUUCUACAGCUGCAGAAUACAUGUGCUUCGGCGACGGCAUGAAACACGCCCUUUAUGCAAAAAGGAUCCUCGUGGCAUUUGGCUUAAUGAAAGAAGACGACAAAAUUACCCUCUACAUGGAUUCCAACAACGCUAUGGACGCACUUAAAAAGCGCUCCGCACCGGCCGUGAGAUGGCUAGCCAAUCGUUACCACUUUGUAAGGGAUAUCCUCGAAAAAGGUGAAGUAGUUGUCGAACGCGUUGACACUGACGAUAAUGUCGCGGACGGUUUUACAAAACCCAAAAAUCCAGUCAAGUUUGCAGAAUUUCUAAAGCAGCUGGGACUGGAGCCAAUCGACAUCAAAGUCGACGAGGAAUAA